GUGGUGGGGGAACACCGAAUCCCUCCGUGGCCACAUUCGCUCGCUAACCGUUGCAGCGAAAGGUCCUUGGGCGCGGCAAGUCGCGUUUCAUUUUCGUUUCCAUGCAAUAAGAACUUUAUUUUUCCAUCCAACGUGAAAAAAUUACGUUUCGUCAACACCCAUGUUGUGCCGUGGAAUGUAUUCGACCUGUUUCGAGUGGUUGUCGCGCGAUAUCGACGUUUCGCACGAGACGUUAUCGUCGCAUUCGUAGUUAUUCGCACAUGACCGGAGAAACAAAUAACGACGAUACACCGAUGAUUGAUCGUCGAUCGCUGCGUUUGUUUACCAGCGAUGUGUCCAGUUUGAUCACGAAUGAAUGAUCACGAAGAACCAACAGACGCACGAAUGAUGGUAAAAAAAAAAAGUGAAUUGUGUUUCAUAAUGAGAGAUUAAAACGUUACGAAUUACGGUGUGAUUACGAUCCGAUCGGGAGUAUGUCGCAUUCGAUCGUUAUCUUUCAAUUGUUACGACCGUUUGCCCUCCGACAAACUAAAUAAAUAAUCGACGAGGGUUGUUAACGCGUUCCUACGAUCGCUCCGUUGAACUAUCCAGGAAUUAUAAUAAAUCGAGCGAGUAUUUUUUAUCGAUGUGUAUCUUCCUCAUAACGAAAAAUUCAUUAUCACCACCUAUUGGCUCGGCAACAACCUGCGAUAUUAUUACGCACCACUACGUAACUAAUCACUGCCCCCCAGUUCGGCUAGUUGUGUGUGAUGAUAGAGGAGUAAUCGAUUAACGGACGGUGCUGCAUGGGGGGAUUAGAAUAGAAGAGAGAGAGAGAGAGAGAGCGAGAAAGAGAGAGAGCGGGAGAGAGAGAGAGAGAGAGAGAAAUAUACAGCGCGGUGGGUGAAAAUAGAAAGAGCCCAAGGAAAAAGGGCGAGGAGGGAAUAACGAAAAAAACAGAAAAGAAAAAAAAAAAUGACGAGACUAGGACGUAAACAUACCAACGCGGAUUCGCUCGGUGUCGUUGUCAACAAUAACUGUGGUCUGACGUGAAUUAUCUGUGGAGAUCUGAUUUAUCUUUUGUUAAUUUUUAUUUUCCAAUUUCUGUUAUCUUACACUUUUACUACACGUUGCGUGCUACGUUGUACGACGGAAGAGGUAGAAAAAAAAAAACAAGAAGAAGAAAAGAAAAACCAGUGUUCUCUUUUUUUUUUUAUCUUACGUGGUCGGAAUAUAAACAAAAUAAAAUAAAUAAAUAAAUGAAAAAACAAACAAACCCCACGAUAUUUUCAUCGAAAGAACGAGUUGAUAAUGUCAAUGAUAAUUAUGUGCAUAAUCUUGCAUUGAAAAGUUUCUCUUCUCGAUCAUCGAAUCGUAAUGAUUAUCAACCUCGUGACACAAACGAACCAAUGAAAUACCCCAUAUAAUGAUCGGGCCCGACGGUACAUAGUAAUAAUAGUAAUAAUAGUAAUAAUUAUAGUAAUAACAAUAAUAAUAAUAAUCGUAUCAAUAGUAAUGCUAAUAAUUUAUUCGACGAGUGAUAAUUGGUAGGAUAUAACGAUAAAUUGAAAGAAAAGAAAGAAAGAAAAAAAGAAAAAAAAACCUUGUGAAAGUGAAUUAAUUAGUAAUAUUCCGGUACCAUCUACGAUAAAAGAAAAUAAAGAAUUAAAGUCCUCUUUAUCCUCUACACGUCAUCGACAUCUCUGUGUAUAAAAUAGAAUUUCGAGAAGAUUUUAUUUUGGAUUUCUUACACAUAUAUGUCGUCGUCAAUUGAGGUGAGUUACGAUUACCGAUGGAUUCUCUGUACGACGGGGAAUCGUUGCGUAAAUUCGAACAUGGAUUCGUGUAUCGAUAAAAUUUCCGCAACUCGUACGCACGACGCUCCAUGCAUAUGAUUCUCUUAGACGGGUACUCGCACGCCGUUCCCGUUCAGCGGGACACCGUCAUCGACGAACGUCGACGAUCUACGAACGUGAAGAGGAUACAGAAUUUUCGAAUAUAAACUGGGCGUAAUAAUAAUCGUCCGGUCUGAAUACCGCCCGACGACGAUUACCGCUUCGUUUAAGAGGAAAAAGCGAAAGAAAAAGAAGAAGAAGAAGAAAAAAAAAAAUAAAUAACAAGAGUGUCGAUAAUCAACUACGAUCAACAUACCGCGCAAACAUUAUCACCGUAGAGUCUAUUUUUUAGACUCGCGGUCUUCGAUAAACUUUCGCACGAAAAUUGGUCGGUGGGCUUCCGCGGCCCACCUUAAAACUCGUCAAGCUGGCUAGCGCUCUGACGGCCGGUAUGAACCCCCACCACCCUGGCCAUCCGGGACAUCAAGGUCACCCAGGUCAUCCAAGUCAUCCGGCGGCCUAUCCUCACCACCAAUCGUUGUCGAGCAGUCCUCAUCAUCCGGGACCCGGCAACGCGCAUCAUGGAUACACUCCCAGCGGUGGAGGGGGCGGCGGCGGCGGCAGCGGGGGAGGGGGUCCCACCACUACCCCCGAUCUCCCGAGUCCUCAUUCGCCGUCCCACGGGGCACCCUCCGACCCCGGAGCGCCUUACACCACCCUAACCGGUAGCCAAGGUAUGCCGAGUAACGGGCAUCACCACGGGGCGGGGGGUGGAAUGAUAAGGGAACAUCCGCAUCACCCCGGACAUCCCCACCCCCAUCAUCCGGGACAUCCGGCUUACCCGCCCGUUAAUCACAACAACAAUUGCACGUUAAAGCAAGAGGGUGGUCCCGGUGGUCCUACCAGCGUUCAAGUGUGCGGUGGUUGCGGCGGUCGUAUCGUCGAACGGUGGCUUUUGCACGCCGUUGACCAAUACUGGCAUCACGGAUGCCUGAAAUGUAACUGUUGCGGUGCAGCUCUGGCCGAUAUCGGCGUAUCCUGUUUUUCCAAGGCUGGAAUGAUACUCUGCAAGACUGACUACACACGGCUAUUCGGAAUUACCGGGGCGUGCGCCGGAUGUUCGCAAACGAUACCUGCCAGUGAAUUCGUUAUGAGAGCCGGCGGUUCGGUCUUUCACCUGAAAUGUUUCACGUGCAGUAAAUGUGGAACGCAACUGGUUUCCGGCGACAGAUAUUGCCUGUUCGGCGGCGUUCCCGUUUGCGAAACGGACUGGCACAAAAUGGUAAAGUCGUCCGGCGUCGGUGCGAGCGGUAACGGCGGUGCCCCCGUGAGAAAAGGAAAAGUAGGGAGGCCGAGAAGAAGCAGAGACUGAGCCGCCAACCCGGUCGGUCGCCCAAAGAAGGUACAAGCCUCGGCACAACCGACGUCUACCUCCUCCUCGACAACCGUCGCACCUCCUUUGAUGAAUCAGGUCGACGUUGCGGACAUAGGUGUCGGUGCCGGGGGUGAGACCUACUCGCCGCCACCGCCGGGUCCCCAGAUCACUAACUUUGGUCAUCACCAUUCGCAUACCCAUAAUCACAACCAGCAGCAUCAGCAUCCCCACCACGGCCAACAUCACAAUCAACAUCAGCAGCAACAGCAUCAUCACCAACACCACCAACACCACCACCACCACCACGACCACCACCACCACCAGAUGAUCGUUCCGAUACACCAUCCGAGUAUAUCGUCUUCGGGGGCUGGGGGUCAACAACAACAGCAGCAUCAUCACCAUCACCACGCUUCUUAUCAGGAGUGGAAUCAUUGGUCCGAACCGUGUGACUGAGGCUGUGAGUUUUUAGAUAACAAAUAAUACAAAUUUCAAUGAACAAAUCUCAAUCAAAUUAAUAUCGACCGUUUAAAAUAAUACCGAGUUAAAAACCGUCGUCACAAAAUACUGCUGCUGCUGCUGCUGCUGCCGCUGCCGCUGCUGCCGCCGCCGCCGCCACACCGCGUUGCUAAUUUUGCUAAUGUUGCUGAUGAUAAUGAUGAUGAUAAUGUUAUGGAUUUGGAUCGUGCUGCGUUUGGGAUAAUCUGCUGCAGCUAUUUCAGAUUAUUGAAAAACGAGAGUUUCGAAAAAUUUGAAAAAAAUGUGAGCAGAUGAGUGUUUAUAAAAAGCCAAAGUGAUGAAUAGACGCCAAGUAAUAUUCACGAACUGAUAUUAUGAAUAUCGUUACGUAGCUUGUGGAUUGAAUACGGUGGUUAAUAAAUGAACAAAAAAUAAAUAAAUAAUGAAACGUUGAAAAAGAGAGGAAAAAAAAAACUGUUCUUUUUGUUGUUGUUUAUCUGAUUAUUAUUCUAUUAAUUAUUAUUAUUAUUAUUAUUAUUAUUAUUGUCAUUAUUGUCAUUAUUGCGAUUAUUAUUAUGAUUAUUACUAUUAUUACUAUUGUAAUUUUUUUUUUUUUAUGAUUGCGUUGUUCCUCGGUUCUCUUUGGUUAUUAUAAUCUUAUGCAUAGACAAGAGAGAAAACAAUUAUUAGUCGUUAGAAUUAUUCUUGAGAACUGAGAAGAAGGAAAAUUAAUAAAGAAAUGAAUAAAAACAAAAAUUCAAGAGCACUUUGGUGAUGAUAUACGAUAGAAAAACGCGUAUCGUCGUGGGCGGUGUGUGAUAUAUACGUGUACGUAUAUGUACUAAUUUAUGUGUAAUACAUUUAUUAUCAUAUACCCUGAAUAAUGAUAUUCACCGCAGCAGUUUCAUCAUCAUCGUCGUCGUCGUUCUCUGUGAAUACGUAUGUAUAAAAUUUCAAACUAAAAGAAAAAAAAAAAAAAAACGAAGACAAAAAUGAAAUGAAUAAUACGACGAAAACGAUUCAACAAAAAUUCAUUACAAUAGUAAUAACAAUAUUAAUGAACGAACAACAAUUUCCGGUUCAAUGCCGAAUCGUAAUACCGCGAAACAAACAAACAAACAAACCAACAAACAAAUAAAUAAGUAAAUAAAAAGUAUAAUAAUAUCCGAAAAUCUCUGCAUGGCGAUAUAAUAAAGUAUUUAUAUAUAUUUUUGUUCAAAGAAUCACCUAUGUACUUAUUAUAUUAUUACAGCUGUAUAAUUGUACUUAUUAUAAUAUCAUAUUACGUGUCGUUAUAAUCUAUAAUAUUGAUUAUGACACGUAUUGUCUAUAUAUAUAUAUAUAUAGGUAUACGUCACACAUAGAGACAUACAAAAUGAACACACGCGCGCGCACACGAACACACACACAUAUAUAAUUAAUGAGAAACUUUUGAAACGAAAAAGAAAAGAGACAUACAAAAGUGAAUUAAAUACGAAACGAGACUCGGAGGGAAAUUUAUAAUAUAAUACGUAUCUGUGCAGAUAUUCUAAUCUGUAUAAAUCUUUGCUCAAGGGGUUGUUACUAUAUUCGAACGUAUGUUUUUUCCCCCUCUCCUAUUUUGCUUUUUUUUUUUUUGUUUAGGAAUCGAUCACUUUAUUUUAAUCAUAUUCGUUAUCCGAACAUCGGUGUACAUUCGAUCGUUUCCAAUUUUCUCGGAGUAAUUGUUUAUUUAUUUUUAAUUUAAUUAUUCUGUUUUUUUUUUUUUUUUUUUCAUCUCUAUUCAUUUUUCUUUUGAAAAUUAACGAGUCUUUGUGUGGAUCCAGAGACGGCAGCUGCUGCACAGCCUACCCUAACUUCGUUUAGCUCAAGUUAACUUGACCUAUAAGUUCGUUAAGUAUCUCUUGUCUCUGCUUCUACUGCGUGGUUAAUCCUUUUUAUUUCCCUCAAUUUACCUCAUCGGAAAGAACUCCUAACGAACCCAUUUUUGUCGCAAGUUGAAUCAACGAAAGACUCCCGCCCUUCAUUUUUUCUCAUUUUUACAUCGAGAAUUUUCUUUUUUUCGUUUCGGUUUUUCUUUUGCUUUGCGCUCUUUGUCAAAUCCAUGUUCAAUUCCUUUUCAUAUUUAUAGGGAAUAUAUUGAUUUUCGUUUGUGUGUAAAAUAUCGAUUAUCGAUUCUCUUCAUUCUCUUUCUGACUCAAACUUGUAAAUAAAGACAUUUUAGUCCGUUAUUUGCCGGGGUUAAAAUAAAAAAAUAAAGAAAAUCAAACGAAUACAUUCGUCGUGAAAGCAAUAAAUUAUAUUGAUAAAAAAAUGUUUGAAUAAAUUGAAAAAAAACAAAAAAAAAAAAAAUGGAAAAAAAACGUUGUCUCGUAUUACGAUAUAGUGUAAGAUUUUAAUGAGAAAGAAGAAACGAACAAAUUAAUCAUAGAGCACGAGAAAAAUUGAAUCGGAUUGAAAAAAAAAAAGAGAGAACAAAAAUAGAAACAAAACGAAAAGGAAUGAGAAAAAUGUUACCGUCAUUAUCACACUGUAAAUUAUUGUAAUACUGGGCCCUGAUCUCAUGACUCACACCGUCUAUAUUGUACACCCUAAGAUAGAUUUUCAUUUACCGUGGAAAGGGACGAGACCUAGACGAGGGGAGAAAAACGGCAACAAAGAGAAGAGGGGGGAGGGUGGAAGACAAAAAAAUCUACGAUCAGGACAGUAGUUGAAUAAAUGAAUGAAUAAAUAAUAGUAAUUCUUAUGAUUGAUAAUAGUAUAAAAAAAUUAAAGUACACAAAAGAAAAACAAUCGAAAAGAAAAAAAAGCGACAGGGUUCCGAGCAUUUGCAAUAAAUGUAUAUUAUAAUUGUACGAUCUAUUUGAAUAUAUUACUUAUGUUUUCACCAUAUAAAUGGAUUGUUUUAUAAAACGAAAAAAAAAAAAAUUAUUUGAUUAUUAAUAAACAUUCGUUUGUAUCGAUGCUGUUCGUGAUUUUUUUUUUUCUUUAUUCACUGUAAUAUGCAGUAGGUGGUAAGAGCAAUCGUCUCUAUUCAUUAAAAAUUACAAAUGAAGAAAAUUUUUAUGCACCACUAAGAUAAUUCAAGCAUAAAAAUAGACACCUAACGAUCAACAGUAACAGCAUCGAAGCAAUCGUUUUGCGAAGCUCAAUAAAAUUAAUGAAAAAUAAAACAAACAAAAAGAAAAGGGAAAUCUUUAAAUGUGAAGUAAUUACUAUAAAUAUAUAUACAAGGGAUGAUUGUGAAAGAGGUAUCGUGUGUAUACCUCAAUAUUAAUUCAAUCAAUCGAUCACUCAUUGAUUUUGUUGAUAGUAAUGUAAUUACUACAUAAUACAUAGUAUAUACAUAAUAUACAUACUCAUGCAGACACACACACACACACACACACACGCACACAUAUAUACAUUGAAUAUUUUUUCCACGCUAGAGAUUUUCGCCGAUCGAAUUCAAAUCUCUUUCUCACUACUUAAAUACACACCCAUGACACUCUCACACGGAAAACGAUGAACGAAGGUUAAGGAUAAUGAAAAAAAAAUCUUAGUAAUAAUAGUAAUAAUAAUAAUUAUAACAACAAUAAUAAUAAUAAUACUAACAUUAAUACUAAUACCAAUAAUGCGUAGAUAGAUGUCUCCUCGGCGAAUUCGUUCGGCUAAAACUAUAAUUAUACCAAUAAAACACAAUAUCAUAUUACAAACAAACAAACCAGAAAGCAACAACAAAAAAUGAGAAAACGUUAUAGAUUAUACAUAAAUAAUAUACUUGCGCUACAGGAUUGAGCGCGAGUCCCUUUUUCGUCGAAAGGGGAAAUUACAUUGAAGAUGAAGUGAAUUAAAUAAUUAAUAAAUAAUAACAGUAACAAUAAUAAUAAUAAUAAUAAUAAUAAUAAUAAUAAUAACAAUAACAACAAUAAUAAUAAUUACGUAGAUAAAAAAUGUAAUUUAAACUGUACAUAGGUACGUUUUGUAUAUUGUUAAAAUUUGUGUGAUAUAAAUGGUUAUUUACGAUUAAUUAAUUCGGUAAUUAAAUAAUACAUUAUUAUUAUUAUUAGCAACAUUACUAUUAUUACUAUCAUCAUUACUUUUAUUACUAUCGCUAUUGUUAUCAGUAUCAUUAUCAGGAUCGUUAUUAUUAAUGGUUACCCAAAGGCUGGCGUCGUCCCGACGAGUUAUCGUUGAUCUGAAAUGAGAGGAGGAAGGGAGGCCCCAGACCGACGGUAUACACGAUACCUGUGUUGAAAAAAGGAACAACAAAAAAAAAAAAAAAAUCAUACAAUAGACAAAAAUGACAGCGAAAUACGGACGACACACGGAGAGGGUUCAGAAGAUAAUCGAGAGUGUACGCGGUGCGUCCAACGUGCAUAACUAUACAGUACACGCAUACCUAUACACGGAUAUUACCGUGUAGCGAUGUGGGUUAUUGAUGAUUAUUUUGAAGAACAAAAAAAAAAAAAACAACAAAACUGUCACGAUAGUAAUUAUUAUUAUUAUUAUCAUUAUAAUCAUCUUUCAUUUUAUUUAUUUAAAUUUUAUCAUUAUUAUCAUUAUUAUUGUGUUCAUUGCGAAUCGGUCGUGUUAUACGAUCGUAUAUUAUUUACAUAUCUCGAUUUCUUCGUCGGGCACGGGGUUUCCAUAAAAUAUACUCUCCCGGCCUCUUGUAAAAUAUUAUACGCCGCAAGUUUAUUGAUUAAAAAUAACAAUUAAAUGAAAGAAAAAAAAAACAAACAAACAAACAAACAAACAAACGAACAAAAAUAACAAUAAUAAUAACUAAAUACAAAAGAACAAAACAAAAAAAAGAGAAAAAAAGAAAAGAAAAGAGAGAAGAAAGAAAAAAGAAAAAAGAAAUACAAGUUUUUAACAUGCGUUUUUGGAUUAAAUUUAUUAUCUAUAGUAUAGUACCCCAAAUCGUGUUGUAUAUAUAUACAUACAUACAUAUAUAGGUAUUAUAUAUUUUGUUUUUCUUUUUAUGGUUGUAAGAUUGUGGAAGAAAUUUUUUAACUCGA